AUGAACGGGGAAGAGAAAAAUGAGAGCUUUCAAAAGUCUAAUCUCUAUCCGGAACUUAACGAAAAGCCAAAUGUGCAACUUAAAAGUAAUGAGGAUAUGAUUAAGGUGAUUAAAGCAGCAGAUUUUGCAGCUCGUAGACAUCGCUUUCAAAUGAGAAGAGAUGGCCGGACACCUUAUAUAAACCAUCCGGUUGGAGUUGCCUAUCUUUUGACGAGUGUUGGAAAUAUAACCGAUCCUGCAACCCUUGCAGCAGCCUAUUUGCAUGAUACUAUUGAGGAUACUAAAACAACAUUUGAAGAGUUAGUAGAAGAAUUUGGAACUGAAAUUGCAGAGAUUGUUCUUGAAUGCACAGACAAUACAAAAUUGUCGAAACAGGAACGAAAAAACGAGCAAGUCGAAAAAGCUUCAAAAUGUUCACACAAAGCAAAACUCGUCAAGUUGGCUGAUAAACUUUAUAAUUUGCGUGAUUUGGAAAGACACAUUCCUCCGGCUUUUGGAAAGCAAGGCGCUCGGGAAUAUUUUAAUUGGGCGAAGAAAGUAGUGUUUCAAUUAAAGGGCACAAAUGAAGCAUUAGAAAUGGCGUUGGAUGAUGUGAUAAAUCGAUUUCUUGAGAAACAAUAA